AUGGCGGUUACGAUCCGAAUAUACGGCAUUCUCUUACUCUCUUUCCUCUUGUUUUCCACUCUUCGCGCCUUCUAUCUUCCCGGUGUCGCUCCUCGCGAUUUCCAGAAGGGUGAUCCGCUUUACGUUAAAGUGAACAAAUUAUCGUCCACGAAGACUCAACUUCCAUAUGAUUACUACUAUCUGAAUUACUGUAAGCCUCCUAAGAUCUUGAACACCGGAGAAAAUCUGGGGGAGGUUCUCAGAGGAGAUCGAAUUGAGAAUUCGGUUUACACGUUUGAAAUGUUGGAGGAUCAGCCCUGCAGAGUAGGUUGCCGUGUUAAAGUCAAUGCUGAGUCUGCGAAAAAUUUCAGGGAAAAGAUUAAUGAUGAAUACCGAGCUAAUAUGAUUCUUGAUAAUCUUCCGGUAGCUGUUCUUAGACAAAGAAGAGAUGGGAUUCAAUCAACCACUUAUGAACAUGGUUUCCGUGUUGGCUUCAAAGGGAGUUAUGAAGGGAGUAAAGAGGAAAAAUACUUUAUCCAUAACCACUUGAGUUUCCGAGUCAUGUACCAUAGAGACGAAGAGACUGAUUCUUCUCGAAUUGUUGGUUUUGAGGUGACUCCUAACAGUAUGUUGCAUGAAUACAAAGAAUGGGAUGAAAAAAAUCCUCAGCUGACAACAUGCAACAAAGACACAAAGAAUCUGAUCCAAAGCAACACUAUUCCUCAAGAAAUCGAGGAAGGAAAAGAAAUUGUGUUUACAUAUGAUGUCACCUUUAAGGAGAGUGACAUCAAAUGGGCUUCGCGAUGGGACACAUACUUGCUAAUGAACGAUGAUCAGAUCCACUGGUUUUCUAUCAUAAACUCGCUUAUGAUUGUCCUUUUCCUCUCUGGAAUGGUAGCGAUGAUCAUGAUGAGAACUCUUUACAAGGAUAUUUCAAACUACAACCAGCUCGAAACCCAAGACGAGGCUCAAGAAGAAACUGGAUGGAAACUUGUCCACGGAGAUGUCUUCAGGACACCCUCGAACUCUGGAUUACUUUGUGUUUACGUCGGCACAGGUGUUCAGAUAUUUGGUAUGGCCCUUGUGACAAUGAUGUUUGCAUUGCUUGGCUUCUUAUCUCCAUCCAACAGAGGAGGGCUCAUGACUGCUAUGGUUCUCUUAUGGGUGUUCAUGGGCAUAUUCGCCGGUUACUGUUCUUCCCGUCUCCACAAAAUGUUCAAAGGGAACGAGUGGAAACGAAUCACCUUGAAGACUGCAUUCAUGUUUCCUGGUAUCCUCUUUGCAAUCUUCUUCGUUCUCAACACACUCAUUUGGGAAGAACAGUCAUCUGGAGCCAUUCCCUUUGGUACAAUGUUUGCUCUGGUCUGUCUCUGGUUUGGAAUCUCUGUCCCACUAGUCUUCAUUGGUAGCUACCUCGGUUACAAAAAACCAGCAAUCGAAGACCCGGUUAAAACAAACAAGAUCCCGAGACAGGUGCCAGAGCAACCUUGGUACAUGAAACCUUGCUUUUCAAUACUUAUUGGAGGAAUCCUUCCAUUCGGAGCAGUCUUCAUCGAGCUCUUCUUCAUCUUAACAUCGAUCUGGCUCAACCAGUUCUACUACAUCUUCGGUUUCCUCUUCAUCGUGUUCUUGAUCUUGAUCGUGACCUGCGCAGAGAUCACAAUCGUCCUCUGCUACUUCCAGCUCUGCAGUGAAGAUUACAACUGGUGGUGGAGAGCUUACUUAACAUCAGGCUCAUCCUCAGUCUACCUCUUCCUCUACUCCGUUUUCUACUUCUUCACGAAGCUUGAGAUCACAAAGCUGGUUUCCGGGCUGCUCUACUUUGGGUACAUGAUCAUCAUCUCUUACUCGUUUUUCGUGCUAACCGGCUCAAUUGGUUUCUACGCAUGUUUCUGGUUUGUUAGGAAGAUAUACUCCUCAGUGAAGAUUGACUGA